CAUACACAUGUCCUCCAGUCUGAGCUGCUUUGAGCCACACUGUUUCAUCUCGAGCUAUCAGGGCUGAUGAGAGCCUCUCGUCUUUCUGGGUCUGCUGCAACUGCUGUGUGACACAGAAAUGCUGUGAAGGCAUGUCGGUGCCUCGUUGGUGUUGCUUUGUGAGCCAGCUACCAGAGUUCAGUUGAAUUUCUAACGUUUUGUGGGCGUGUAAUGGUUUUAUCAUCAUGAUAUCCACAUCGGUGUCAGUGAUUGUCAUGCUGGUGGCGUUUGUGAAUGGAGCGAGAAAUGAAGACGACAGACAGCCGUGUGCAAAGAUCCAGACGUCCAGCUCAGUGGUGCUUUUGGGCUCACCCGUCACGGCCACCUGUGUCAUCAGAGACGACUGCCCUCUGUUCAUUGGACAAGCUGUUCAUAUAGUGUGGCGCCUUGGCGAUCGUUUCCUCCCCAGCAGCCCCGUGGCCAAUGAGAGCAGCAGAGUUUCUGAGGUUGUUAUACCGAGCUUCAAUGGCACGAGGGAGUUCCUCACCUGCUGUGUCCAGGCCUCUCCUGUUCAAGUAGUAGGAGCAGAGGAGAUCAGAGCUGGAUAUCCACCAGAAGCACCACAAAACCUAAGCUGUCUGACAAACCUCACCACCCCGAACACCCUGACCUGUAGCUGGGACCCUGGGCAGCAGGAGACCCACCUGCACACCAAGUACACCCUCCACACCGAGAUACGGGAUUCAAACGAGAACCACACCUACGAGGUGCUACCAGGAGUCCACCGUUACACCAUCCCUCGCCUUGACUUUGUCCUCUACUCAGACAUGGAGAUAUAUGUGAAGACAGAGAAUGAACUUGGAGAAGCAACAUCCUCACCUAUCAUUUUGGAACCUAUCAGUGCAGCUAAGUUUGACCCGCCAACGAUUCUGAUGAUUCAAGCGGUGCCUAAAAGGUUAGGCUGCCUGAAGCUGAGCUGGAGCUUAUCUCAGCAGCAGGUCUGGAUGCGUCACUUACGCCUAAACCUGGAAGUCCGACUUACGACUGCUGACAGCAGCAAAUGGAGUGAACAACUAAUCCUGGUGAACCAGGUUAAACCAGCCAGAGCUGUGGACCAGUGCCAUCUCCUCCAUGGGACCCAGUAUAUCGCCCAGAUUAGAGUCAGAUACCAGCAGAGCCCCUGGAGUGAAUGGAGCAGCAGCCGGUCUGGAGUCACCUUGGAGAAUGCUCCAACUGGACGCCUAGACUCGUGGAUGAAGGUGUCAGGGGAUCACAUAAACAAACAACCCAACAUACUCUUGUUUUGGAAGCCAUCAAAACAAUUCCGUGCCAACGGCCGAAAUGUGUCAUACAUCGUCUCAGUGAAAAAGCUGCCAGGUGAAAAUGGAAAGGUGUGCUCUACAACGGGGAAUCACUGUACUUUCCAGCUUCCCGGGAGAGCAAAGAAAGUGUACCUGAGUGCUGUUAAUGCAGCAGGGAGAUCCUACCCCACUGAAGUGCGGAUUCACCUACCAAGAGCUAGGGCAGUGAUAUCAAACGUCACAGUCACCCCUCAGGAUGACAGAUCCAUGCUGGUCCAGUGGAGAAGCCUGCUGUAUUCCAGUCUCAUUGGUUUUGUGGUGGAAUGGAGACCUUUGUUAAAAGCAGACCUCUCUUUCACCCAGUUUGAAUCAACCGGCAGAAACCAGACACUCCUUGUUAUAACAGGCAGCUUUGAGCCCUACAAGCCCUAUGGGAUCUCUGUGUAUCCAAGGUUUAAGGAUGGGAUAGGCCUUCCUCAGACUGUUGAUGCCUACUCGAGACAAAAGGCUCCAUCCAUGGUUCCGAAAAUACAAAUAAAAAAGACCUGGAAUUCCCAUGUUGAGUUUACCUGGGAUGAAAUACCGUUAGACCAAAGGAACGGAAAUAUCAAGAACUACAAAGUCUUCUACUGCGAUACGAAGGGACCCAUUAACGUUGUGAAUGCUGACCGGGAAGAGAGGAGAGUGGUCCUGAGAGACCUCAACACCAUCUCCCUGUAUGAGGCUUUCUUGAUGGUUAGCACGUUUGGUGGGAACCUGAACGGGUCAACGAUACAAUUCGAAAUUGAGUCAUUCGAUGUGGCAGCUGUCGUGGCAAUUGCAACUGUGUCUGUUGUUGGACUGUUAUUGAUGGUUAUCGUCCUCGUCAUGACUUGUUUCUCCAACAACAAAAGGCUGAAGGGGCGUUUUUGGCCAGCUGUUCCAGAUCCGGCUAAUAGCAGCAUCAAGAGGUGGACAUCAGAUUCAACACAGGAUUCCCAUCUUGACUUGGAGUAUGAGGAGCCCAAUCCAAUGUACCUGUCCCACCUGAGCUUCCUGGACCUCCGUGUGAAACUCAGUAAAGAGGACGAUGACCCAUGGCUAAGCAGUGCAGAGGACACCAGUGACCUGGGAGAGUCCAUCUGUGGUUCACCAUUCAUCCCCAGCUACUCUGGUUCCAACAGCGACUCUGUUCCUUACGCUACUGUGAUAUUCUCUGAGCCGUGCAACAGCCCUCCGCAUAAAAACCCUCAUGUCUACCUGCGGUCCGAGUCCACACAGCCCCUCUUGGAGACCGAAGAGUCGUUCAGUCCAAAGUGUUACCAUAACAUGGCAACUGUUGGGAUGCCGAGUGAGCAAUGUUUUUUUGGACCUUCCCAUGAUUGUGUCCCUGAAAAAGGGGCAGAUCCAGACAUUCUGUGGGAUGACUUUCCUUUUCUGCGAGCAUUGGCCUUGAAUGAUACUGAAAAUGACUAGAAGUACUUGAUUAUAAGAGCAGCUACUUGAUUAUAAGAGCAGCUGCUUUGCAGGAUGUUCAUGUAGCUCUGAGUUUAUAAUGAGCCGAUUGUGAUAAGUUGAUUCAGCAGAGCACAUAGCUGUAAAUGCAUGCAAGAUUUAAUGUGAAAAUCACUUUGAUAUUCAAUGAUUAUGAUGUCUUAUCACACUUUGUAGAUAUGUCACCUCUUUAAUAAAUAAACUUUUUUACUGGAGAAAAAUUUGA